UUUUAUGUGUGAGUAAAAUAGAUAUAACGUGUGAGGAACGUCAGAGGAAAAUUUCUUCACUCAGUGUGAUAAAAGUCGUUAGUUUUCCAAGUUGAAGCAACAGUUCAGUCUAAAAAUGUCGUCCUGGGUAAAGCCCAACGCAGGCGGACGGAGGCCUUCAGGCAACUCCAACGGAGGUGCUCAGCAGCUCCGCGUGUUUCGAAGAGCGAGUCCUUAUCCAAGCAGAGUGGAGAAAACCGAGGAGCUUAGCGAUCCUUUGGAAAGUUAUGAAGAACUGGAACAGCUCCAAAAUUAUUCUGCAGGCAUAAAGUUUGAGGCAUUCAAGCAUCAAUCAAAUGUCAACCCUUCAGUAAAGCCAGAGGCGCUCACUCCAGCAGACAGACGUAAAGCUCUGUACCAGAAGUUCUACAAACAAGUUCAGGAGGAGAAGAAGUCGGCCGACUGCGUGGUCCUUUCUGUCACCAAUAAGUGCCUGGAUUACCCCAAAUCGCUAAGACAGUGCUUGCAGGAGCGAGGCCUGUCAGUGGAAAUGCUCUACCUUCAAGUGGAAUCGGGCCUGACCCGGGCCCUGCAGGAUGUUCGAGCAGAUGGCUCCCCAUUAUGUAUACUGGUGGAGCAGAAAAACAUAGCUCUGUCCUCCUGCACUGUUAUCAUUUUCUCAGAAUCCCUAAAAAUCCAUCGCAACAUGCCUAAAGACCAGGCCCUGGACUUUGUCCACGCUGAGUACACUCGUGGGCUCCUCAAAGAGUCUCCUUCCAAAGACCCUGCAGACAUCGCAGCAGAGGCGUCCCAGCUGCUGGAUGACUUCCUAGAGCGUGAAAAAAUUGCGAAGCACUCUGUUCCCUCGGAAACACGACACCUCCUCGUGCUGUUAGCCGAGGGGGUGCAUCUGUACCCCGAGGAGUUGGAAACCGUCUCAGAGUAUCUCCGUUCCCGGCAGGACCACCUACGAGCUGUAGCUUUAGACACUGUGGAGAGCAAGGGGGACAUGGUUCCCCCAGGACUGGGAAAACCACCACCUCUGCUCCCUACUCCGCCUGGACCUCCACAGCCUCAGUCUGCAUCUUUAGCCGGGGGGUCGUUGAUUGACCUCUCCUCACCUGCACCACUCCUGCCUACACCAGGUACUUUUCUCAAAUCCAAGCCGCCUCCGCUGCUGUCCCUGCAGCAGCUUCCUGUUCUUCCAUUACCGACCCCGAUCUCUCGUGGUCCUCGUCCCAGUUUGUUUCGAGGGCCUCUCCUCCACCACGGUCCUCUCCUCCACCGAGGCCUCCACAGGGACAGGCUGCCUCCUCCUUCCUUAAAGAAUUCUCGCCCUCCACUUCUUUCUGCCCCAGGCAUCCCUCAUCUCCGGCUGAUUGGACCUCGUCACUAAAUGAAUCAAACGUCGAGUGUUUUGAGUUGAACGUCGUCUACUCACAUUUUCAUUUGUCCUUCACGUCAUGUAGCAAA